GGCCGACAGAGUGAAAGUGGACAUGCUCCUUCAUCAGUGGGCUCGAACUUGAAGUAAAUACGUGUCUGUGCUGAUGAGGAAAUGACACUUCUCCUCUGAAGGCUGCCAGAUAUGAUGUCGGUGUGUUGGUCCAUCUCUGUGCUGUUGGCUGUUGUUGUCAUUGCAGCAGAAGUGAUCCUCACUAAUGGAAGCAGUAAAUGCGUUGCCAGGAGCUUUGGCCAUGACUCCGUGGUGUGUGAGUGUAACUCAACCUACUGUGACAGUGUGGGCUCCGCCAGCCUGCCUCCUCUGGGGGGCUUCACCUCCUACCUGAGCAGCAGGGCCGGCAGCAGGCUGGAGGUCACGCAGGGUCAGGUCCAGGCCAACAGCUCUGGAGCAGGCGUCAGGCUGACCAUCGUUCCCCAGCAGAAGUACCAGAGGAUCAGGGGCUUCGGCGGAUCGAUGACGGAUGCUGCGGCCAUCAACAUCCUGUCCCUGUCUGCGGCUGCCCAGGACCAGCUGCUGCGGCAGUAUUUCUCCGGUGAAGGUAUUGGCUACAGUGUGGUGCGCGUCCCCAUGGCCAGCUGCGACUUCUCCACACGUCUGUACACGUAUGCAGACAGACCUGGAGACUACGGCCUGGAUAACUUCACUCUGGCCGCUGAAGACGUCAACAUGAAGAUCCCCCUCCUGCAGCGCGCUCAGGCCUUGUCUCCACGCCGCCUGGAUCUGCUGGCCAGCGCCUGGAGCGCUCCCGCCUGGAUGAAAACCAACGGCGCUCUCACGGGGAAGGGCUCCCUGAAGGGCCGGCCGGGAGGGAAGGAGCAUAAGACGUGGGCGCAGUACUACGUCAGGUUCCUGGAGGAAUAUGCAAAGUAUAACUUGACCUUCUGGGCGCUCACCACAGGAAAUGAGCCCUCUGCAGGACGGCUGACAAACUACAGCUUCCAGGCUCUGGGCUUCACUCCGGAGGAGCAGAGGGACUGGGUGGCUCUGGAUCUGGGCCCGGCCCUGCAGGCCUCGUCAUUCCCGCGCACUCACAUCCUCAUACUGGAUGACAACCGCCUGCUGCUGCCUCACUGGGCCAAAGUGGUUCUAAAUGACGUCCAUGCAGGAAAGUACAUCCACGGCGUGGCGGUGCACUGGUACCUGGACGCCCUCAUCCCGGCGGAGAUCAGCCUGGGAGCCACUCACCACCUCUACCCGGAGUACUACCUGUUUGGCACGGAGGCGUGCGCCGGCUGGAGCCCGCUGGACCGGGGGGUGAAGCUGGGGAGCUGGGCGAGAGCGGAACAGUACGCGCACGAUAUCAUGGAGGACUUAAACCAUUACGUGGUGGGCUGGACGGACUGGAACCUGGCCCUGGAUCACACCGGCGGACCGAACUGGGUGAAAAACUUCGUCGACAGUCCCGUCAUAGUGGAUGCGAAACGUGACGUCUUCUACAAGCAGCCAACUUUCUACAGCCUGGCCCAUUUCAGUAAGUUCUUGUUGGAGGGGUCUCAGCGCGUGGGAGUGUCUGCCAGUGAAGAAACGCGGCUGGAAUACUCGGCCUUCAUCAGACCAGAUAACUCAGUGGUGCUCGUCAUAUUAAACAGGUCGCCGUCAGAGAUCCAGUUUGAGGUCUGGGAUCCCGCCGUGGGCUACAUCUCCUCCGCUGCUCCGGCUCACUCUCUGAUCACACUGGGUUGGAACACAUCGUGAUCAAUAACACGAGCAACAUGAGUUUAAUGCACUGCGCACCUGUUUGACUUGAACCACGGUCCAGAUAUUUCACAUGCAGCCAAAAGAUCAUUUUAUAAUGAAGCACUCUCAUUACCAAAGCCGCCGCUGCAGUGAGGGAUUAUUGUCUGUUCUGCUGUGCAGCUUCAGUAAUCUAACAAGAAAUUCUAAUUAACUUCAGCAAACAAAAAUCUGAGCAUCAUUUUACUUCUGAAGUUUUUAUGCAGCUUUUCUCAUCAUAAAUGACUCCCAAUAGUAAAUGUCUUGUCAGAAUUGAAGUGCUGCAGCAUUGGUGCCUUGCUUGAAGUGUCAGAAACAAACAGAUUAAAACAUGAACCAACACUAAAUGACUCCUUGAUCUUAAUUUCUGUACUGAAUAAAGCUGCUGAC